AUGGCUGAUCCAGCCUUUCAAAAGAUUGUGGCUAAUCUUCUCGGCUCUCAGAACGAGUUGAGGCUGGGCGCGGAGAAAGUAUACGACCAAAUCCCUGUGGAUGUACGCUGUAAAGAACUGUGGAAGCUGUAUCAGGACACUAACUUGGAUGUCGAGGUGGGUAUUUCUUUAUUUAGUUCCUUUUUCAAUUUUUAGGCGAUUGUCCGUGAGAUUUUGUCAUGGAUAAUAUAAUUUUGGUUGAUUUUUCCGGGUUUCAUGGUUGGUCUAGUUGUUAAACUUUGUGAAGACUCUGAAAAUACAAAUUUCAGCGCCGCUCGUUCGGCCUUGUUCUUCUGCGCCAGCUUUUGUCUUCACACCACGAUGAACUUUGGCGGCUCCUUGGAGAAGACGGAAAACAAAAAUUCUUCGAAAACACGACACAAUAUCUUCUAAACGAACCAGAUUCGACUUUGCGAAAGAAGUUGGCCGAUGUGACCGCUGAAUUGGCGCAGACAACUCUCGGUUUGUUGGUAUUACUGUUCCAUUUGAACUUUUGCUUUUAGAUCAUGAUACGGGUAAACAGGAGUGGUCUGGAGCUAUUCAGUUGCUCGAAUAUUGUGUGGCAUCCAAUUCAGAGGAAUUGUUCGAGGUUGGAAUGAAUCUAAUCGAGUGAGUCGUUUGAAUUUUUUGUUGUUCUUGGUUUUUAGGUGAAAAAUGGAGAUUUUGAUCGUUUUUUGUUCGAACUUUGGCGUUAAUUGAGAAUAAAUGCCUUUAGGGACGUCCCCAAUAUCCUCGGAGUUGAUCAGGACCAGUAUCUCGAAGGAAUUUCAAAGCUCUUCCACCUCUCUUUCGCUAGCAGUAGUCUCAGCGUCAAAUUAUCCGCUGUCAGAGCGUACGCCGCGUUUCUAGCGGAGAACGCGGAUGAUGAGGACAUUGUUCAAGCCUUCUCUGACCUAAUUCCAAGUGUUAUCGAGGCAAGUUGAGCUUGAUUUUAACAGCCUGACCUAAAGUUAUAUUACUUUAGUGAUCAAUCUGAAUAUUUUUUAUUUUUAGGUGUGUCAGCAAGUUGUAGCGUCGGAUGAAGAAGACGACAGCUCUUUCCAAUGUCUUGGCGAUCUGAUCUCAGCAAUCCCGAAGCAAAUCACCCCGCAUUUGGACGGGAUCUCAGAGCUUUGUUUGGGCACCAUCAAGUCCGAAGGACGGGACGAAAGCCUCAAACAUUCCGCGUUAGAAGUCAUGGUAUGUCUUUGUGAAUCCACACCAACCGCUUUGGAGCAAAAAGACGCAAAUAUUUUGACGGUGCUGGUCCAGGAAUGCCUCAAAAUGAUGACUGAUAUUAGUUAUGACAUCACCGAUUGGAUGGAAGCCGAGGACAGUGAUGACGACGAAGAUGAGGAGAAUUACAUUGUCGGCGAAUUGUCGUUGACUCGGAUCUGCGCAUCUGUCGGAGGGGUGGUUCAGCCAAUUUUGGAGGCAAUUAGUGAGAUGGUAAAACAAGGUAGAUUUUGGUGAUUUUAGCUGCUAAAACAGGUUGAAUGUGAGAAAUUUGACUUGAUUAGACCAUUAUAGAUGUUAUUGGUCCUUUUCAUGGCAAUGUUUGCCGCAGGGUUUCAAAAAAUUAUAUUAUCCAUGACAAAAAAAUUGGAUUUUUUGCAAAUUUUUGGGCUAAAAGCAGCGUCUAUUAUACUGUAAAGUGUACCUACAGGGUAAAAUACGAUAAAUGAAACUAUAUUUCUUAUUUCUCGAGAAAAAUUAUAUUAUCCAUGACAAAAAAAUUGGAAUUUAAAAAAAAUUUUAGGCUAAAACCAAAGUCUGUUAUACUUCAAUGUGUACUGCAGGGUAAAAUACGGUAAAUGAAACGGAAUUUAUCUUUGUUUUCGAGAAAAAAAUUAUUAUCCAUGAUAAAAAAAAUGGAAAUUUUUGAAAAUGUUUAGGCUAAAAGCACAGUCUGUUAUACUGCAAUGUGUACUGCAGGGUAAAAUACGUUAAACAAAACUGAAUAUUUAUUAAUUUUCGAUAAAAAUUAUAUUACCCAUGAUAAAAAUUUCCGAAGAUUUAAAUUUUCAGCCGAUUGGCGCUUCCGCUUCGCCGCGUUUAUGGCUCUGGCUGCGAUUGGAGAGGAUUGUAAACACGACCUGGAGCCGAUAAUCCCCAAAAUCAUCGACGAACUCGUCCUGCCCUGCAGCCAGGACUCGCAUCCCCGUGUCCGCGUCGCCGUAUGCCGCUGUCUGAACCAAAUGGCCACGGAUUUUGCGCCCACCCUCCACAUGAAGUCCCAUUCUCGAAUUUUGCCAAUCCUUUUGGGCUAUUUGGAUGACCUGAGUUCCCCUCGAAUCGUCGCCAACUCAGCUGCGGCGUUGGAGAAUUUUGUCGAUAACUCGCCGAAAAAAGUGAUGGCCGUUUAUCUGAGCCUUAUAAUGGAGAAAUUAGAGCUUGUUCUACAACAUACUUUCAAGAAUUCCCUGGAAAAUGGCAAGAACUCGCUCCUGGAGCAGGUCAUUUCCACCAUUGGGGUUGUCGCCGAGAAUGCCGGAAAAAGUUUUUCACAGUAUUAUGCGCGCACUACAGAGCCUCUGAAGUUCAUCAUUGCCAAUGCGAACAAUGAGGAGGCAAAGAGUCUGAGGAGCCAAGCGCUCGACACGUUCACGACGAUUUUGUUGGCAGCGGGCAAGUGUAAUAUAAAAUUUUUGGAAUUGUUGGAUUUUUUUUGGUUUUGAUGUAAAAAUACCCUGUAUAGGGAAGGAUAAGGUAUUGUGAGGGAUUUUGAAGGCGGUUUUACUAGUCCAUAUUACACUUGAGGGAACUGGGACGAUUGGGAAAAUUGAAAAGUAUUAUUUUUCUUUGAUGUAAGUGUCGAAAUUAGGAUAAUCGGAGGUGCUGAUUCGAAAAUGACACUCAUUUUUUUGAUCGUUACUUUUUUCCUUAAGUAGUACUGUAAAGUAGUAAUUUUUUGAUUUUUUUUUCAUGAAUACUCGACUUGGGGGUUUUCGACCUUGCUGAUUUCAAAUCCCAGAAAAUGAAUAAGAGUUUUGAAAUCAGCACCAUCGAAAACCCCUAAAUCGAGUAUUUAUGAAAAAAAAUCAAAAAAAUUACUAUUUUACAGUACUACUUAAGGAAAAAAUUAAAGAGAAAAAAAUGAAUGUCAUUUUCGAAAUCAGCACCCUCGAUUAUCCUAAUUUCGACAAUUGCAUCGAAGAAAAAUAACACUUUUCGGUUUCCCCAAUCGUCCCAGUUCCCUCAAGUGUAAUAUAGACUAGUAAAACCGCCUUCAAAAUCCCUCAAAAUACCUUAUCUUUCACUAGACAGUGUAUGUUUACAUCAAAACCGAAAAAAAAGCCCGAUCGUCCAACUACGACACUUGAGAUCCAAAAAAUUCUAACUUUUUGCUGAUUUUAGACCCAGGAAAAGUCAAAAAUGACGCCAAAGAUCUAAUGAAUGCACUGAUCACCCCCACGAGCAAUAUCGAACUCUCUGACAUCAUGAACCACUCAGCCAGACUCAGCAAACUCCUCAAAGAAGAGUUCUCCCCCUACCUUCAACAGUUGAUGCCUCAGGUCAUCACAGCCGCUUCUUUUGACACUCGCGCAGUUCAACACCCCGAACAGGAAGAUCAUUCCGACUCAUAUCAGAACCUUUUAAGCGCCUUUGAGUUCAUUGCCGAGAUGGCCAAACAGAUCCAAGCUGGGUUUGCGCCCUAUGUGGAACAUGUUUUGGAAAUUUUGCUCCGAAGAAUGGACAUUAGAGAGGAAAAUUCGGUGAAAAUGUACGCCUCCGACUGUUUGCCGGCUUUGCUGUGCGCCGUGAAGGAGUUGGACAUGGAGAAGAUGGUUUUUGAAAGAGUUUUUACGGCACUAAUGUAAGUAUACUGCCCGACAAUUAAAAGUGAAGUCUCGAUUCUGAGCCCGAUAUUGCCCUGAGGCACAAGGUGUUCCCCCAGGCCUCUUCGGUACCCUACGCCGAUACAGAGUGCCAAUUUUCAUACAUGUGCACUUUAAACGCACUGUGCAACGGGCGAUUGAAAAAUUUUUGGGCGACAAUUAAAAGUGAAGUUUUUAAUUUUUGGACUUACCUGACCUUUUGAGGGAUCUGUUGGGACGGAAACCGUGCAGAGACAUAGUCAAGGUUACAGUGAAGAGCCCUAGACACAAUUUACGAAAAUUGUCCAAAUUUUAUGGUACCAUUUCCCGGCAUCAAGACGCGGGGUUUAGGUGCCACAAAACGGGGCCUUUAGGCACUAUUUGUUGUAAGACUGGUAAUUUUAUGAUGCUGAAUACAUUUUCUGACUAACUUCAUACAAAUAAUGCUGCGAGUUUGUCAAAUUUUGGCCCGCUUCAAAGCGUGCUUAUCGACAACGGUACUAGUCAAGGAGAAUAUCGAUGCAAUUUCGAAAGAUGAGAUGCAGAAUCAGCGCGAAUUUUGUCUUGUACUUUUCGAUCACCCUCUUAGCAGCUAAAAACAGCGUUGUUUACUUGGAAGUGCGUACUUACCCCGUUUUUACCAUACACUUAACUUAACUUGGUAUAUAAGCAUUUUUCGCAUAACUCGAUGCAGCGAAAUUGAAAUUAAUGAUGUUGUUUUUGACUAAUUUAUAUCCAGAAAAAUCAUGUGAUGUGGUUUUGGGCCAUUAAAACCCAAACCAUGGCGUUACACUUUGGUUAUGGACGGUAAAUUUCAGCAACUUUAGGAAACCGUUGUGAUACCCGCUAUUUUUGUCUCUAAAAGGAGCGAUAACAUAAAAAGUAAAGUUUUUAGGAAAGAAGGAUAUCUAUCCACCCCGAUCCUACUAUCAAACCGAGAGGGGUACUGGUUCCUGCUACAGUAUAAGUCAAAAUAGGCACCUAGCCGUUAUCCAUAUCAACAAGAACGCUUUGAAGCGCACCAAAACUUGACAUACUCGCAGCAUUAUUUGGACAAACAAUGCCACAAGAUGCACUCAGCAUCAUAAAAUUACCAGUCUUACAACAAAUAGUGCCUAAAGGCCCCGUUUUGUGGCACCUAAACCCCGCGUCUUGAUGCCGGGAAACGGUACCAUAAAAUUUGGACAAUUUUCGUAAAUUGUGUCUAGGGCUCUUCACUGUAACCUUGACUAUGUCUCUGCACGGUUUCCGUCCCAACAGAUCCCUCAAAAGGUCAGGUAAGUCCAAAAAUUAAAAACUUCACUUUUAAUUGUCGCCCAAAAAUUUUUCAAUCGCCCGUUGCACAGUGCGUUUAAAGUGCACAUGUCUGAAAAUUGGUACUCUGUAUCGGCGUAGGGUACCGAAGAGGCCUGGGGGAACACCUUGUGCCUCAGGGCAAUAUCGGGCUCAGAAUCGAGACUUCACUUUUAAUUGUCGGGCAGUAUAGCUCAUGGAUAAGAUAAUUUGAUGAAUAUCGCGAAUUUUGAGGGAGCUUUUGUUUUGAGAUUUUAAGCCAAUGAUAACAGCUCUUUUGAGAAGUUAGAUGUGAAUUUUGAAACCAAUAUGAUCAGUGGGCUCAGAGUUAUGAGCAAUUUUGUGACAUGAGGGUCAUGGAUCAUGGAUAAUAUAAUUUUUUAUUUUUUUUGCUAUAAUCUUUUUUGUUUGCAGGAAGUCCAUCGAAGAAGAGAGCAACCUAGAGGUCCUGGCCUUCAAAUUGAACGCUUUGGCCGAGCUGAUCCUCGAAUCUGGAGCGAGGAAUUUCACCGAAUCAGAGAUCACCUCGAUCUUCAAAACUCUCCAAUCCGAACUCGAAGCCCACGAAGAACGUGUCACCGAGCUGGCAGAGGACUCGGACAACGAUGAAGACGAGAUGGAAGAGGAGUACGAGGAAAUGUCCGCCAUUGUCAUCAAGAUUUCUGAUAUUAUCCAUGCCCUCUUCUCCACCUUUGGCGAAAAAAUUGUCCCAUUCUUUGGACAAAUGGCCGAGAAAUUUGCCGCCCUCAUGGGCAAAGAAGGCUCAUUUAGAGACCGUCAAUGCGGCACCUGCAUUUUUGCGGAUAUGCUGGAGUUUGCCGGAGAACAGGCGAUUGUCCAAUUUGAAGAGUUUUACCUAGAAAAGUUGAUUAAAAAUGCGGGGGAUGAGUUCCCGGAAGUCAGACAGGCCGCGAAUUAUGCAAUUGGAAUCUUGGCGAUGAAGGUAAGCAGAUAUUUUUGGGGGAAAUGAAAAAUUUUUGUCAUGGAUAAUAUAAUUUUUGAUGAUUUUUUGGAAAAUUUUGAUUUUAUAAGAUGACUUAUGGGUAGUAGAUGAUGUAUAGAGCUUGAAUUUUUGCAGGGAGGACCUCAAUACGCUCAAUUCUGCGCUCAAGCCCUCGAAAUUUUGGCCCAAGCCAUCAAUCUUCCGGAUGCCCGUGAAACCGAAGACGCCCUCGCGGCCACCGAAAAUGCAGUCUCAGCUGUCGCCAAGAUCCUCAAAUUCAAUUCAACGGCGAUUGACGCGAAUUCGGUGAUCCCCGCCUUCAUUGGAUGGCUCCCAAUCUGGCAGGAUGACGAUGAAAUCCCAUAUGUUUAUUCCUAUUUUUGCGAUCUGGUUGAAGCCAACAACCCUGCGGUUCUGGGCGCAAACAACGAGAAUCUUCCCAGCGUAUUUGAAAUUAUCCUGGAAACCUUUGAAAACGGCGCAUUUUGCAGUGAAGAACAAGAAGAAGAGCUAAUUAAUGUCAAAAAUCGCUUGAUUAACAUCGUAAAGACCCUGAAGGUAGGUGAAAGAUGGUGAAAAUGAAUUUUAAAUGGGCUAAAAAAUGUGAUAGUUGAAUCAAGAUAGGUUGAAACCACCAAUUCCUACCACUUUUAGGAGAACGAACAAGUUUUCAACCAAGUCUUGGCCGCCAUUCCACUAACCGAAGAGAAAAAACUGGCCCUCCAGGAAAUCUUGGCCUAG